GCCGCUACACUGUAGCAGGCAUCAUAAGGACAUUUCGAAAUGAGAAUCGAAUUGCUAGACGUCCAGAUGUUGGGGGCAGAGGCAGAAUGUUCACUCCAGAGCAAGAGACCCAUAUAGUGAACAUGGUGAUUGCCAAUAAUGCAAUAAGACUGCGUGAAAUACAGCAGCGCAUAAUUGAUAAUGACACCAUCUUUCAAAAUAUACACAGUGCAAGCAUUUCUGCACUAAGUCGUGUACUUGCGCACCACAGAAUAAGAAUGAAGCAAAUUUACAGAGUUCCUUUCGAGAGAAACACAGAACGUGAAAAACAACUGCGAUAUGACUAUGUGCAGAGAGUGAUGGAACUAGAAGCAGAUGCAAUGGGACAUGAGCUACUUUUUGUGGAUGAGGCCGGUUUUAACCUCAGUAAAACCAGGAGACGUGGCAGGAACAUUAUUGGACACCGUGCCAUCAUCAAUGUCCCAGGACAACGUGGUGGUAACAUAACCAUGUGUGCAGCUAUAAGCCAAAAUGGUGUUGUUCACCAUCAUGCAACCAUAGGCCCAUACAACACUGCACACAUUAUUGCAUUCCUGGACACCUUGCAUGACAUGCUCACUGUUCAGAGACCAGAGCAGACCCGAUAUGUCAUCAUAUGGGACAAUGUUGGUUUCCAUAGGGCUGCUUUGGUCCGCAACUGGUUUACAGACCACCCAUCCUUCUUGGCACUCAACCUCCCUCCAUACUCUCCAUUCUUAAAUCCCAUCGAGGAGUUCUUCUCUGCCUGGCGCUGGAAAGUGUACGACCGUCAUCCUCAUCAACAGGUAGCCCUUUUACAGGCAAUGGAGGAGGCAUGUGGAGAUAUUGACCAGGCAUCAUGCCAGGCCUGGAUACGGCAUUCAAGGAGAUAUUUUCCCCGGUGCCUUGGACUGGAGGAUAUCGCAUGCGAUGUGGACGAAAUUUUGUGGCCGGACCCAGAAAGACGACAUGAUGUAGGCUGAUAGUCUUUUUUUCCCCUUUUUUUUGUGAAAUUCCUAUUUUGUGUUCUGACUUUGUCUUGGUUUUGAUGAGUGUGAAUAAACACCAAUACUUGAAGUUUGGAUCCUUGUAUGUUUACAUGACACUAUGACAAAAAUGUGACCUCAAAUUGACAUCUGUACACAGAGAAAGCAAAGGCCAGAUGUGUUUUGUAUUCAUACCAUCAGUGUGCAGUUGGCGCAUUGUGUGCUUAGUAGAUGAUGGCUUGUGUGUACUGUUU